GUGAAACACUUGGACGUGGAUACAUAUAACUAUUUAUAAAUGCAUAUUUCGUAGCGAUGUGUGUUCAGUGGUCGGUUGGGAGUUAGUGGAAAACGCGCGCGUUUCGCGUAUCGCUUGCAAACUUCACGUGCUCGCCAUGAACUCCGUCAAACUUGACUGUGCCAAAAACUAUCUCGUAAACCACUUGUAAAUAUGAUAGUACUCCGUAAACUUGCUCUGAAUACCUUGUGAUGUUACUGUGAAUUGAAAUGGAAUUUAUUAGGAAAGACACCGCAAGUUAACACGAUGUAAAUCUUAACGUGUUUCAAUGUUUACCUCUUCAGUGUUGUGAAUAUAGAAUAAAUUAGUGUUUAAAACUUGAAAGAGAUGUAGCCGAGCAUCAGUGUGGACUUUUAGACUAAAGACGUAUGGGUGGAAAUGGUUGUGAUUAAAUAAACGUGAAGAAGAUCGAGUGCGUUCGUUUCUGUCAUGAAGACUUACAAAAAAAUCUGGUUGUUAAUUCUCCCGUAAGUUGUGAUUAAACGCUAGGAAAGCAAAUAUAUUUAUGUAUGCACGAAUAAAAUAGUGAAAAUUAAGUAUUUUAUGUACAUAUGUUGUACCUGUUGUAGUGUUUGCGUUUCUGUCCAAACGUUAAAAGAUUGUCGGUGUUGAGGGAACCCGGAUAAUUUCCCAUGAGGUUGUGACUACAAUAAACAAAACUGGAACAAAAACUUGCAAGUUCUAUUGUUAUUGAGAUGUGAUCGUACAUCGUGCUUUGUAGUGAAAUACGGUGUAUGUACGUGGACUUAUUUUGUACGCCAACUUCGAGACAUCGGCUCUAUUAAGGAUGUGUUGGUAGCCGGCUCCGCCCAUGCAUGAUGGCGGCUGUGAACUCGGUACUGAUGUCAAAACAUCCACAUCUAGUGCAGACAGCGCGGCUGCCGCUGCCGACGUUCGCGCCGCGAGCCGUGGUCAUGUACAGCGCGUCGGUGGGUGGCGAGGGCUCAGUGGCGCUACAGUUGCGCGAGGCAGGCCCCGGCGACACCGCCAGAUUCCACGACAACCGCCUUGCCAUCGCCUGCCAUGAACCCGAGCUCCUCGCAGACUUCCUAAACGCCAGCGAUAUCGAUGGUGAGCAUGGUGGUCUGUCAGCACUGCUAGGGUCCUCGUCACCGGACCUGGCGCUCGCGUCCGACGCCUCCGAUAGUUUACCGCUACCGGACCAUGAUAACGAGUGCACAUCAUCAUCAUCGUCGCUGCUGAGCGGGGUGACGACGGUGUCGGUCGCGGUGACGGGGCUGGACGCGCGGCCGCUCAACAAGAAGGUGCGCCCCAAACCUGCCUCGCCUAACAGACAGGGGCCCCAGCAGUGCCAAGUAUGCAACAAGAUCUUCGGCAAUGCGUCUGCGCUGGCGAAACACAAGCUCACGCACAGCGACGAGCGCAAGUACGUGUGUAUCACGUGCGCUAAGGCCUUCAAGAGGCAGGACCAUCUGAACGGGCACAUGCUGACACAUCGGAACAAGAAGCCGUAUGAGUGCAAGGCGGACGGCUGCGGCAAGUCCUACUGCGACGCUCGCUCGCUGCGGCGGCACACUGAGAACCAUCACCAACCGCCCGCUGACGCAAGUUCAUCAGGCACGCCAACCACUAGUGCGCCUGCUAGUGCCGAGCGCGAAGUGACGACGAACGCGACCGCGAAUGCGAACGCUCAGCGAGUCGCGUCGCCCAUCUCGCCGCCAGCCGCGCGCACGCAGCCCCCACAUUCUGAUUCCAGCAACGGAUCGGACAAAUCGAACGCGACUUCAAGCAGCGCGACCAGCGACUCAAGCCCCCCCUGCACCCCGCCCGCGCCCCCCACUCCUCCCGCGAGGCCCAAACCCAAGACCAGUAGCAAGCCCAAGUCUUGUACGACGCAGCAAAGCAGUCAGAAAGUCGCGAGUGGCGCAAGUGCAAGCGGAGCUUCGAGCGGAGCGGGCAGCGGCGCUGCGGCCAGCAGCGCGCGACCCAGUGACAUCAAGCCGGUAGAAUGCAACCUCUGUCACCGCAAGUUCAAAAAUAUACCCGCUCUAAAUGGCCACAUGAGGUUGCACGGUGGAUACUUUAAAAAGGAUUCUGACAACAAGAAACUAGAUAAGAAGGAAUCUACGGGACCACCUUUACAAACUGCAUCAGUAUCUGUACGAGCGCUUAUAGAAGAGAAGAUCAUAAGCCGCCGAGGUGCCACUGUUGCUGCUACAGCAUCUACAGGUACAACUACAGACUCCGUAGCGUCACGCACAGGGUUCGUGGCACCAGCUCCACCGCCGUUGUCUAAUAUCCGAACGUCAACAGCAUCACCUGCGUCCCCGGCUGCCACGUCAACGCAAUUUGUCUCCCCCAGAGCGCCGCCUGUCGUCACUGUCGCUACUAAUGCAGUAACAAGCAUCUGCGCCGCACAAAGAGAUUCAACCCUUAUUGAGUUGUUGAAAAAAGGGAAUACCAAGGCUGUCAAGCGAUCAGCAUCUGACCCCGGCCAAUCAUCGCCACAACAAGACUUCACAUUUCGACCAGAACUGUUCGGAGUUUCCUUUAAUUCAGAUGAUGGUUACUUCUCACCAGCCCUAAACGAAGACACGUUUCAAUUUACUACAACACACGACCAUUUAGAGGAGCUUGCCUCACUGGAAGAUUAUGCGAGUGUAGCAGCGGCAAUAAGAGAACGCUCCCCGGUUACUUUUCCUUCGAACAGACGACUCGCUGCAGUUCUUAAUUCACCGUUACCAGAAUCUCUCGCUGACUUUGGUGCUUGUCAUGGAGGUUCACCUGUUCCAUCGCCCGGAAUGGGCUAUACUGCAAAUUCACCCGGCUUGUCUUACUCUACUGGAGGCUCUCCGGGGUUGUCGUUUACAGCCGCAUCGCCAAGCAGCUACUCCAAUCACGCCGAACCAUCACCUGGAAUGGCUUACCCAACACCUCCAGCUUCUCACGACGCUCACUCGCCGGCUCAUACAGUACCUCGUGCUUCGUCGCCACUCUCAGCUGCCUUUUUCACUGCCACAAUGUCUAGUCAAGAAGAGGUGGAGGAAGCAUUGGAAGAAGUACUACCAGAGGAGUGUCGAUCUUUAGAUGCGUAUGCGCUAGAACCUUCACCUACACCACGCCGGAUUAUGCUGAACUCUGAAGAUCCACUUCUGUCAAGCAGUCCGCGUGACUUCUCACAUCAGCGGCCUUUUCGUCGGCACAGUCGUAUGGCGUCGUCAAACAUUUCACCGUUGCAGCAAUGGCAGCACGACUCGCUUCAAGUAUGUGUGGAAGGUCGCGAUUCAGUGCCGGCAGUAUUCUUGAGUCCAAGCAGUGUGCCUGCCUCCCCUCAGAGGCGCAAACGCCGAGCGUCACCAGCUGGUCCGUUCCGCUCGCGCAUGCGACGAACUUCAAGUCAUUACACGCCUCAGCCGAUACUGCCUCCAGAUCGGGAAGGGUCGGGACUACUCAUAGAGUGCACUGCAGGGAUAGCAGCAACACAAACCGAUGUUCUGGCUCAGCUGGAGGAACCAAGACAUCCUCAGAUUAACAUUGGUCGAGACUUCCAGGCAGACUUGCCAGCGCUGUGCACUGAUCGCAUAGAUCUGCAUCGAGUACCGGAACAGCUUUUAUGGGACCCUGGCAUCAAUGAUGCCCUAGAUGACAAUGAAGUGAGAAUGUUCAUGGAACUAGCCAUGUGUGCUGCGAUGCCCGUGGGCGGGCACACGCGGGAGUACGCUCUACAGACGUUGGGCGAAUGCGGCGGCGACAUCCGCGCGGCCACGCUGCGCCUCAUGUCGCGCCCCGCCGCGCCCGCGCAGCACGAGUCACGCUGGGCACCUGACGAAGUUGAAGCCUUCUUAGCUGGAUUAGGCCAUUACGAUAAGGACUUUUACCGAAUUUCACAACUGGUAAGAACAAAGGACUCGAAACAGUGUAUACAAUUCUACUACUUCUGGAAAAAACUCACGAAAGAUUACAAAACGCUGUACCUACGGAGCUGGACUAUGGACCAACAGGUUUCAUCACAAGGUUCUGUAGGGCAGUUUACCGCGCACUCGUCAGCUCCGUGCCCAUCGACCACGUCGUCCUUCGAUACCGAGGAGUUCCCCUGCAAGAUAUGCGGGAAAGUAUUUAACAAAGUAAAAAGUCGUAGCGCACACAUGAAGUCGCACCGGCCACUCGACGCCGAGCCAAAACGGCCAAAACUCGAAAAGCCUUAUGAAAAGGUCGAAAGAUCCGAUGACAGAUCCCACGCGACAGCUGAAUACCAAAAUAAACCGCCCGCUCAGUAACCGAGUCCUUGCUCCCACCCGCGCCGCGGCACUAACGUCCCGCUACCCGCGCGCACUCGCGCCACACUAAAUGCUGAACCCUCUAAGCAUUUAUUAUGAUUACUAAAUAGAUAUUAUAGAUUAAAUUAAAACUGACCUAGAAAGAGCGACGUAGUGUCUAGUGGCUAGAGAAGAAUUAGCUUCGGACAGAUACCUAUAUAAAAGUAAAAUUUGGAAUUUCUCGUAACGCUAAGCUUUGAGAGAGCGCAUAAAGAUAUUUUGUAUAACGAAAAUUGAUACAUAAAUAGGUAGCUCUUCGUAAAGUUUUUAUAUGACAGACUUCUAUGUGACUUGCAAGUGUGAUGUUGUAAAUAAUGAUAGAACAAGUAGUGCGCUGUACCGCCACGGUCCGUCGAGGCGCGAACUCUAUUCAACAUGUUGAUCUUAUUAAGUAUUACAACUGUAUUGUUCGUGUGAUAACAUAAAUCGUGUAGUAACUACUCUACCUCGUUUCUAUUGAUUGUUUCGUUUGUCGCGAGCUCAGCUCGUUGUUACAUUUGCUUGUUUGCUCAUUACGUUGUUAAUUUUGUAGUUAUUCAUUGCUAUUUAUUUUUCUAGUCGUAUUAGACAAUUUUAUGUUGAAUGCACUAUGGAUUUCGGUCAUUGCUCUGUUGUAGUUAGUGUAAAGUUAAGACAACGGAAUCAACUCAGCGUCCGUAUCUACUAGUCACAUAUCGAUGUUAAUUGAACGCACUUAGACAAAAUAUUCACACGUUUACAAUUGUUCCGUGAGUUCGUGCGAUCAAGGAAAAACAAAACUGAUUGAUAUUUUUGAUUGAUCGUAACUAAACAAUGAAUUGAUAUCCGUCACUUAUUAGAUGUAAAUUAUAUUAUAAUAUUAAUGAACCAUAUUUCCACUUGAUUCCGAAAUGCUCACGGAAUUCUACAAAAUGGAGGGAUAAUAUUUUUUUACACAAAUAUUAUUGAAUGCUCAAAAUGUGCUAUAUUUUAUGUUGGUAAUAUUAUUAUCUAGUUCCUUGUUGAUCGUUCUGAAUAAGCCAUUAUUUAAUACUUGAAAAUGUAUAGUUAAUUUAUUUAUAUAUGAACAUUUUUUUCUAUAAAAAUGUCAUAUAAAUGUGUCUACGUGUACCUACGUGUUGUGAUAUACCUAUGUGUGUAUGGUUUAUUGUUUCAUCGUACUCUGUCUAUUAGUUGAUGGUACAAAGCGGGCAAUAACCGGCGUUGCUCAAAUUUGUAUUAGCGGGUGUGUCACAGUAGCCUGGCACUCGGUACUCCGCUGCGCCCAAACUUAACAACUUGUUCUCAAUAACAAAUACUUCGUGGUUGUGAUGUUUCUUAGUCUACUCUUUUAUUGUCUUCCGAUACUUCUAACGACUAAAUUAAUUUUGGGGCAGAAUUCCUCGUAAAAGACAUGUUAUGACGAUCUUGCAUUUUAUUUCAUCACUGUUAUUAACAAAUUCUUUACAUUAAUGUUUAACAAUAUCUAUGAAGAUGCGUGCGACGCGCCCAGUAUUACGAAAUUAGCUCGAUAUAUUCGAACUUUGUCACGUAGAGCUGCGUCUACGGUGUAUCGCACUGGUUGACAACACUAAAGUCUAAAUGUUAUGUCACAUUAAAAAAUACACUUGCCAGUGCGAUAUAGUGCAGACGUUCAUCGUACAACGCAGAUAAAGAUGUAUUAUUUUUUUAAUAUCUACCGGAAAUAUAUUGAUUUUCUUUCCGCAAGUACCUGAUGAAAGUUCUGCUGAAAUACGACACGAUGUAUAAUUUAAUCUGACGUGUCUGAUAAUAUUAAUGAUGUAACGCAUAAUAUUUGUAAAUCACUAACUUGUGUGAUUAUUUGGUUGUGUUAAUCUAUCUUAACAAUUUAGACGAAAUUUUCAAAUAGUUAAUUCUAUUCUUUGUAACUCGAUAUGCCAAUGAUCUGCCAAAUCGUUAGAUGUAACUGAUUUUACAUAGAUAUUUUACUAGAACAAGAUAGUGACACAAAUUAAAAUUAAUAAACGCGUUUCGUUUAGAUUAAGGCAAGGCUUGUACUGAAACCCCGUAAGUGAAGGUUAAUUAGGUAACACAACAUCAUGUUUCAUAUAACUAAGAGACGAUGUGCCAUUUACGUUUUAGUAAGUACUUAAAUAAAAUAUUUCAAUUAUUUUAGACCGACACAUACGAACAGAUCGACACUUUGUCCUUCACCACAAGUGCACAUAUUUAUUUUCGUAAAUAGAGUAAAAAGUAAGUCAUACAAAAUUAUCUGAAUGUAAAUACUGAAUAUUUUUCCAAAAUAAACUUUACGGUACCGGAGAUAGUUCUACGUCGUAUUACAAUCUAUUGAAGACAAGUCCCUCCAGACAUAAUUUUUAACAAUACUCUUAGCCAUUAAGACUGAAAGGUACUCUCUAAAUUCACAUACCUACACUUGAUUAAUUUCGCGUAAAUGUAGAUAACUAUCCUUCCUUUCAUUAUUAAUUAACUGUUAGUAGUGUAAUCAUGGUGUCACUAACCCAUUCCAUGUGCCCAGUCAUACUAGUCAGGGUAUAGCUUUAUAAUGAUACCCUAAUUUAACCAAAUGUAUCCUCUAGCGAGAAUCGAUGUUAUGUAGAGCGCGCCGUAACGAGCGCACUUAGCGUACCUACACUAGGAAAUGUCGCUGUAUUCGAUUAGAAAUAUGCACUCACAUGCUAAGUAUUAAAUUAACUUAAGAUUGACGAUUUAAACAAAAACUUAUUUCAACUUAAAUAUAGAAGUGCCUUACAAUUUUAAUUUUUAUACUAUUUUCUUAAUUUAUUUUCGUUCUAAUAUCUAAAAGCACUGGAAAUUGCAUUUAUUGAUCCACCGUCCGUUCUGCUAGGCCAGAACCGAUGUGCGGAUCGCACUGUCGUGUUUUGUUCUGUUGUUUUUUGUUUCUUAAAAUAAAAUACUCUUAGAAAGUAAAAUUAGAGGUUUAAUGAAACCAAAAAGACGUUAUUUUUUCAUGGUUUUCUUUUAAAAAAAUAGGGACGUCUAUAGUAUUUAAUAUCACGAAUUACAUCAACUACAUUAUCAGAAUAUUGUAAACAACAAUAACUAAAAGUCAAUUGUAUGAAGAGUCUAAUAAUGUGAAGAAAACGUUUUACCAAAUAAUGUAACAUAAUGAAUCAUCAAUGAAUACAGCGCUAAUUACGUAUAGGAAGUAAAUGUUUAUUGUAAUAAAACCGAUGUUCUGUUCGCUUGAAUGUUCUUGUAAUCCGAGUCUUGUUUCUACUCUGUAGUCCUGGCACAUAGUGUAAAUGUAAGUACUUCUGUAUUUGUGUCAACACAUAAAAUGUUACUAUAGUAUUAAUAUUUUGUAAGUCUAAAUGGAUAUUAUAUUCUUCUAAUUUUGUAUGAAGAGCGCGAGCGACGCGGCGGCCGCGGCCUCUGCGCCCGCGCCUCGUGUGCGACGUACUUAAUACGUACUUACUUGUAAUAUAACUGUAGACGAUUAAUGUACACGUGCCAAAUGCACGAUAAUUGAUAUUACACUCUGUGUUGUGAUUUUGAAAAUUCUGUAAAUUACAAAAGUCUUUGAAAAUACUAUGGAAAAAAUGUAGACAUCUUUCUAGAUUAGCACAAUUCUUCGCGUAGACACAUUAGGCCAAAUUGAAUAAGCAUUUAGAUUAAACGACGUAGGUAAUCAUCGGAAGAUGUAAGUGUAUUGUAUGAAUAGAUUCAUUGUUAUAUUCGAUCAAUGUGAUGAUUCGUAAGAACAACGACUUAACUCGAGUCCUGUACCCUACCGUGCUGGGCGACUCUUCACAACUUCGCAUAUCCUUGAAACAAUAAGUAAUAAAAUUAAUCUCUAUUAUAUAUAUUGAUAAAUUUAUUAGGGUAACUAAUUUUUUAAGACAAUGACUACUACGUGAUCUUUUAGAUUGUCUUUAUUAAUAAAUAUAUGGUGAAGGUUUUGUCAA